GCUGCUGCUCACCUUCGUUGCUGUGCUUGUGUUGGUAAAUUCUCAGUUGGUAAAACGGGUUGAGUUGGUAAAAUGGGUUGAGUUGGUAAAAUUAUGACAAGAAGCCAGAAACAACACAGCACAACAAAGCGAAGCACAGCACAACGAACACACACGCACUCAGACACAGCAACAGCAAUGCGGGAGCGACGGCGGCGUGUGCAGCAGCAGGCUGGCGAGGCAGAUGUGACAAACAAGCUGCUGGAGGUGCGGCGGGAUCUUGAGCACAGCGUCAACCAAGGCCUCUCCUCCCUCGACGUGCUCGUGCAACAGAAUGAAGAGCUGAAGAGGAAUCGGGACACCACACACAAAGUCCAAACCGGCCUGACCACGGGGCUGGGUGUCCUCAAGACCAUGUCGCGCGACGAGAAGCUCAACUUCAUGGCGGCUGCUGCCGGCUUCACGGCAUUCUUUGUGGUGUCCUUGUUUGUGUUUUGGAGACGCACAUCUCUCUUGUGGCCCGUGUUUGUGCUUGCAUUCAUAGCUGUUGUCGUCUUGUUCGUCUACAUACUCCGUGCUUGCAAGGACUCCUUUCUCACGAAGCUCAUCUGAAGCCAGCGUUGUCGUCGUUGUUCGUGUCGUUGACGUUGAGCUGUGGCAAGACGUGAUGUAAUGGGACACACUCUGUGUGUCUUUCAGAUCUGUGCUUUCUUCUCGCCUCCCUUCCUCGUUCCCGUGUACUUCCACCACAUCACCCUCCCCCCCCCCAUCUUUCCUCCUUCGCCUCCCAGCCCCUCCUGUGUAACUGACCAACACCUGUAAGCAACAAUGUACACACGAUCCCUCAUACAUCCCCUUUUCAAGCAA